AUGCAGGCAGUCAAAGGACAGGCCGAGCUGGUGCGCAAGGCCAAGCUUGCCCGCUCGUAUCAGGAGCUUCUCGAUGAAUUCUCCAGCAAGGAUCUCAAAUCCGUCGGCUCCUAUACUCUCGGUCGGUUGAUUGGAAAGGGAUCUUUUGGCAAGGUUUACCUCGCCUCCCACAAGCUCACCAAUGGCUCCAAGGUCGUCCUCAAGUCCGCCAACAAGGGCGACUCCAACCUUGCCCGGGAGAUCCAUCACCAUCGACAGUUUAUACAUCCGCACAUUGCGAGGUUAUACGAGGUUAUCGUGACGGAGAACAUGGUUUGGAUGGUUCUCGAAUACUGUUCCGGCGACGAACUAUACAAUCACCUCCUCGAACACGGUCCGCUACCCGUCCAAAAAGUCCAAAAGAUCUUUACACAGCUCGUCGGUGCCGUCUGCUACGUCCACAACCACUCGUGCGUCCACCGCGAUCUCAAGCUCGAAAACAUCCUCUUCGACAAGCAUGAAAAUGUCAAGCUGGUCGACUUUGGGUUCACAAGAGAGUAUGAGGGUAGGACCAACCACCUCCAGACAUUCUGCGGCACCAUCUGCUAUUCAGCACCCGAGAUGCUCAAGGGCGAGAAAUAUGCUGGCGAAAAGGUGGAUGUUUGGAGUCUCGGUGUGAUUCUAUACGCUCUGCUCUGUGGCGAGCUUCCCUUCGACGACGAUGAUGAUAACGUUACCCGAACCAAGAUCCUGGCCGAGGAACCCAAGUAUCCUGAUCAUCUUCCAGCUGACGCAGUUCCACUGAUCAAGGCACUCUUGUCCAAGAGACCACUCCUACGUCCAACAUUGCCCGAUAUCCUUGCCGACCCGUUCCUCGCCGAGCAUGCCCCUACCCAACGAGCUAUUCUCGAUGUCCAGCAGUCACCUCCGUUCUCGACCCCCUUAGAAAAGGAUUGUUUACAGAGGAUGCGAAGCGCUGGUGUCAACAUCGAUGCCGUGAUCGAAAGUGUGCUCUCUCAAAAAUGCGAUACCCUUGCGGGAUGGUGGGCUCUCCUUCUCGAAAAGGAGCAGCGCAAGAUGCAGAGAAAGGAGAGGAAGCGGAAAGAGAGGGAGGCCGAAAGCCGCAGCAUACGACGUUUGUCCGCAGCAUCGAGUCGACUGGAACGGAUAGCUCCCAUCCUACAUGAGGUAGACGAAGCUAAUGGCAUGUCACGACACAUGAGACUGGAGCACUCGGGAUCGGGAUCACGAAGUCGAGGGAGAAGCGAGCGGAGGAGCGCCCAUUACGUGGACUACGUGGUAUCAGAUCUCCCUCAACUACUCGAAGUUGGAAAGGAACCAGGAGCAGCAAACGCCGAUGGUGACCAUCCUCCCCCACCCGUCGACAAGGACUCGAUCAGAUCGGUUUCGACCUCUCGACAGCGCCGACCUAUUCCACCUCCUAAGGAGGGCCUAAUACGUAGUGCUCGAUCACGGGGCUCGACUCUUCAUCUCGUUACGACAUCGGAUGCACUAGGUACGGACGGUGGCAGUGCUCAGAGCCAGCAGAGCCAGGCAAGCGGUUCCGAAAAGACACGAAGGAAGCCCAGCCUUGCAUUCAUAACCCACUGGAAGAAUAUGACACACUGGUUGGCUGAGAACACGACGAGGAGGAGCAAACGUGGGCACGAGAGGCGGACAAGUCGGAGCACUCCCGACCUGCAUAAGAAAGAGGGCAGUGCCACCAGCAGUAAGGAUGGAAGCUCACGGCCGCAAACUAGCAAGUACCCGGCUUCCGGCUCACCGGGGACACAGCCAACAGCCGGGCUGCCCAAGGGAGUCGUGGCUAACGGCCAUGUCGCGAGGGCACAUCAGGCCGGAAGCAGUGUUCAGAGGACAGCCUCGGGAGGGUUGACAUCUCCGACCUACCCACCACCACGUAUCACUACGGGGUCGUCGUACAAGCGACAGUCAUUGUCACCCUCGCCCCUGACCCCGAGGUCGACGGUUCGACGGUCGUCAGCUGGACUGCGAGGCCGAAAGUCGACAUCAUCCUCUGUGUCGUCGGUUCGAUCGAUACACCAUCAUCAUCAUUCCCACUCAAAGGCAUCGUCCACCAGCUCGGCAGCUUCUUUUUCUACAUCCAUGUCGAAAACGCCUCUUCAACGAGGUCAUUCACCUCAUCAUUCUGUCAAGGUUCUACCAGCAACACCUACUUCUGUGUCGUUUCCAUCAAAUAUCCGCCUUGUUCGAGCGACACCACCUCCAUUGAGCAUCUUUAACGAAGGCAUGCCAUCUGGUCCCCCACAGGCACCUGGAUCGCCGAACCCCUUCUCUUCUGGCAUCAUGUUUGCCAAGCGGAAGCGCAACUUGUUCAAGGGGCCGACACUUAACUUUGCCGGAUCUUCACAAGGUCAACGCAACAGUGGAUCGGGUUCGCAUUCCCGAAGUGCGAGUGCCUCCGGACUGGGACGUCGAUCUGGAGAAAUCACCAUUCAAGAGGAGGAUGAGGGAUCCGGAGAGGACGAUGAUAUCGAAGAAGUUGAUGUCUUUAGUCCGGUCAUUGGGGGUCCAGGGGAAAAGAUCGAAGAGCAAAUCUUUGAAGAGCAUGAAACACCAAAACUGGAACCGGCGCCCACCAUCAUCGAAAAGAAGCCAGAGGUCGCAGCCUCGACGACAGCCGAAACCUCGACUUCAGUGGCUGCAGGAAAGGCUCCCGCGGCAUAG